UUGAUACAAUUUUAUCAAUGCAUAAUUUAACGGUGGUGUAAAAAAGAGCAGUGCCGGUAUAAAUUUAUUACAUCAUACCAAUAAAUCGAUUUAUAAUUUCCGUAAGAUUAAAAUAUCCCUCAAAAGUCAAAUAUUUAAUGACUUUAAAAUGUGUGAGUUAAGUGUUAUUCUACCAAUAUUUAAAGAUUUUUGUGCUGGCUGAUUUGGUCAUUGAGGAAUAUUGACUAAUAUAAAAAUAUAAAAUGGCAGUUCAACACCAACACUAUACCGUAGAAGUAGGCGAUACUAAUUUUACUAUUCAUAGUCGCUACAUUAACCUAAGGCCCAUAGGAUCUGGUGCCCAAGGAAUAGUAUGUGCUGCUUACGAUACGGUUACUGAGCAAAACGUGGCCAUUAAGAAGUUAUCGCGACCAUUCCAAAAUGUAACCCAUGCCAAGAGAGCAUACAGAGAAUUCAAAUUAAUGAAGCUUGUAAACCAUAAAAACAUUAUUGGCUUACUUAAUGCGUUUACUCCGCAACGAAAUUUGGAGGAUUUUCAAGAUGUUUACCUUGUCAUGGAGCUAAUGGAUGCUAAUCUCUGCCAAGUUAUUCAAAUGGAUUUGGAUCAUGACAGGAUGUCAUAUUUGCUAUAUCAAAUGUUAUGUGGAAUUAAACAUUUGCAUUCAGCUGGAAUUAUACAUAGAGACUUAAAACCAUCCAAUAUAGUUGUGAAGGCCGACUGUACUCUAAAAAUUUUAGACUUUGGGCUAGCUCGCACAGCAGGAACUACAUUUAUGAUGACUCCAUAUGUAGUAACCCGCUAUUACAGGGCACCAGAAGUCAUUUUAGGAAUGGGGUAUACUGAGAACGUUGAUAUAUGGUCCGUCGGGUGCAUUAUGGGUGAAAUGAUAAGAGGUGGAGUACUCUUUCCUGGAACAGAUCAUAUAGAUCAGUGGAAUAAAAUAAUUGAACAAUUGGGUACACCAUCUCCGUCGUUUAUGCAACGGUUACAACCAACUGUACGCAAUUAUGUGGAAAAUCGUCCAAGAUACACUGGAUAUUCAUUUGAUAGACUCUUUCCUGAUGGACUAUUUCCGAAUGAUAAUAAUCAAAAUAGUCGAAGGAAAGCUGCAGACGCCAGAGAUCUCCUUAGUAAAAUGCUUGUAAUUGAUCCAGAACAGCGGAUAUCUGUAGACAAGGCAUUGAAACAUGAAUAUAUAAACGUCUGGUACGAUGCUGAGGAAGUAGACGCUCCUGCUCCAGAGCCGUAUGAUCAUAGCGUUGAUGAAAGAGAACAUACUGUGGAGCAAUGGAAGGAGUUAAUUUACGAAGAAGUUAUGGACUAUGAAGCACAUAAUACUAAUAAUAGAACACGGUAGAGAUGGAAUUUGUCAUGUGUUAGGCAGUCAUAUUACCUCCAGCCAAACAAA